CACAUUUUCUGAUCUUAUGUUUGUUUGCAUUUCACAACGGUCGUACUGUUUUGUAGCUGACAAGUUUUCAACGACUUUUCCUGUGUUCUUUUGGAUAUAAAAGAUAAGCAAGAUAAGAUAUCGACAUCCUUAUGCCUUUCAUUUAGGUAAGUUCCAAUUCUGCUUUCAUUCAAUCUUCAAGAUAGUGGACGUCGAUCACAAAACAUGGCGUCGCGUCACGCUAGGCAAUUGAUUAUAUUAAUCUGAACUUCUUUCAAAGGAUCUUGAAAUUUCCUGGGGUUCUUUAACGAUCUGAAAAAAAUCCUUCAGGAUCGUUCUCUACGGGAGGAAGAUCAAUGGUUUCAUUUCACAUGCUAUGUCCACAGAUGCGAUUCAUGAAAGUCACAAGUUAGAAAACAUGCAUCAUGCAAGUUUCUACGGUCAUCACUGUCAUUGAAGUGAUAUUUCUUUUUUUUUUUUGCGAUUGUAGCGGAAAAUCUAGUAAUUUGAAAAGAACGUCAAGAUAUUGACAUGUUAUAUUUCAAUCUGUAUGAUAAGAUUACACUUAUUAUCUAUGAUCAUGUAGUUCAGUUUAUAUUGCACUAAUUCCACUCAUACUGGUAACUGCAUGCAUCUUCAAUAUUUCUAUUCGUCACGAAAAUAAAUUUUUUCAACUUUCUGCUCGAGAUCUGGACGUUUUUUCCCAGCAGCUGGUCCGAUUUUAGGUCUAUGAGACAUUUACAACAUUCCUAUGAUGCCAUCAUCCUAUGUUAAAUAUUUUCAUGUACAGUGGAACCCCGUUAAUAUGGUCACCAAUGGGCCAAAAAAAUUUGGCCGUAUAGUUAACGAGGUGGCCAUAUUACCGAGGUGGCCGUAACGUGGGGUUUCACUGUAGGUAGUACUAAUUGCUUCCUUUCCUUGAUAGCUAUAACUCAGAUUCUUCUCCUUGAUGUCCAAAAUGGACUACAGCCCUCAGUCCACAUCAUCCUCUCUACCAUACAAUACCAGUGUGACGCAGACCAUGUCAGUGGCAGAUGAUGUCAAGACUCAACACGUCCGCUUGUUUAAUCCUGUAACUCCUGAUAUUUCACCCCCUCCUCAGAUAGGUAGUGGAGGGUCAUCAUCCAUGAGGGUCCAUGAACCAUUGGUAAGAAUAUCCCAUUUAGAGUGUUUCAUUUCUAUUAUUAUUUAAUAGACCCUGUUCAAACAUUGUGCUUCUACCAUGCUGAUCUCAAUUAUUGUAUUCAACAGAAGCACAACUUCAAUUCAGACACUGUGCCAGAGUUGAACUCAGUUGUGAAUGUAGUAUUAAGUCAGCUCUAAAUGACACAAAAAAUGUACAUUCUGGAAAACACAUUUCCAAAAUUUAUGAAUUUAAUUCGACAUGGUAUAAGCACAACAUUGGAAUCACCGCUAUGCCAGAGUUGUGUAGCAUAGCAGACCUUGUGGUACUUAAUUGCUCUGCCGAAUCAAACUUUGAUUUAGAUGUCUUGCUUCUGCCGUGCUUUUGUCAAACUUAAUUCUUGAAUUACAUGUAAGUUUGGCGUGGCAGAAGUGUAACAUAUGAACUGGGCCUUAAACUGCCAUUUGCAGAACAUUUUACAUUUGUAAGACAUAUACAGGGCUGUCAUUAAGAGCCAGUGGUUGGGGAUUUUCCUCCAGCUAUUAUGUACAUGGCCCCCAGCUAGUUGUAUAGGAAAACAAAAGAAAAUAGAACCAAAAGAAAUCCCUGGCUCUUUCAUUCCCCGUCUACUUGUUGUAUUUACCCGGCAACUUGAAAUCUUAAUGACAUCCCUGUAUAUAAGCUACACACUUCAAAAAUAUAAACCCCUUUUUACUUGGUCAUUUUUGUUAUAUGUAUUGGUAUUAAACAUGGUUUCCAAAUUGUUACUGGUGCAAUAAGCUGAGGUUGCAGUGGGUCAUUAUUAUUUUAUCAUCAGGUGCAUUGACUGAAUUCAAAAUGUGUCAAAGAGGAUGGGAGAACUCCCCUCGAUCAUCAGUGCUGUACUUGGGGGGUACAGUACUUGCCUGUAGCAAUCCUCCUUUCUCCAGUCCUUUAUCAUUUUGUGGAUUGGUGCUGCUAAUAUGGGUUGCUUUAAUCUAAAAGGAUUGUCAUAAUCAGAGCUGUUGCAGUACCUUCUAGGUGUUGAUCCUAAAAUUUAGAGCUAUCGGGUACUGAACUGAUUUUGUGGUACUACAGGCAGACCACCCUCUGCUUGUGUGGCUGUUGUUGUUAUUGAAAUUUGAGCAUCAGUCUUUUGUACUCAAUAGAACAAAAUAAAUAAUACAGAUGAGCAUUACGGCAGCUACAAAUUACUCCAAAAUACCGAUUUGAACGGAAAUCUUCAAGAAAAAUGUCGACUUAGUUAUCUCAGCAGGGCUCGCAAAUACGCCAAAUUUGGCGUAUUUUACGCCAAAAUUGUUCAGAUGACUCCGCCGAGGUUACGGAGGGAGUCACUUCGACUCUAGAAAUUUUCGGUAAGAAACGCAGUUUAUUUUGUCCUUACCUUUUUCGCAACAAGUACAAUUUACAUUAAUUGUAAACGUUGCAAACCUUAAUUAAAUAAUCGAAAUUAACCCAUUCGCCCCUGAACGGCCCGUAACCGCCCGUGCGGAUCCAGCUCCUUUCUACCCUUUGUGACGUCAUCAGUUUUAAUGGUCAAGGACAACUUUCUUCGCUAACUUGUGCAGAGUGAAGAGAUCUUUCAAACCAUACCAGAAUGAGCACAAUUCAGUCAAGGACACCGGAGAAAGAAGCAAAAAACCAGGUGACAAGGACCUGAAAAUCUCCAUGAAAAUCUUGUUCCAUUACCCACCUACCUUUGCUUUCACCUAAUCCUAAGAUCCUAAAAGCUUUCCUAAAAACUCUUCCCACCAAAAUGAAGCCUACUAAAUGCCCAGCAAGAGAAAAAAAAAAUGAGGCAAGAAAAGCGAAAAAAGAAGGGAGGAGAGUAAGCGAAAAGUAAAAGUCAAGACUGCUGUGUCACUUUUAAACCCAAAAACUAUGUCGAAAUUUUGCUUUCUGCGCAUGCCCGAACUUCACAAGCUGAUAUUUUGCAUCUGGAUCAGAAGGCCGCCAAGUGUACGACCUGUAAACCGGUUUGUGGUAAGUUUUAGCUCUUUAUAGCACGACAGUGACCAGAAAACCACUUGACUAGCUUCAAAACGCGUUUUUCGGCAAAAUCUCCAGGAGCGAAUGGGUUAAAGAAUUAUACUGCACGACAAAACAGGAAGAGGGUAAAUUACGAUCAAAUAUACUCGAUGACCGCCAUCAUGGAUUUGAGCUUUCCAGGUCAGCGGACCACCACAGCUACUUCGUGUAUCGCUCGCGAUAGUGUAUGCAUGCCAGGACCACGGACUGGAAAGUCUGAAAAUGGCUUUUUUCGUUGUGAUACUUGACUCCAAAUAUUCCAAAAUGAUUCCGAAAUUUGUGAAGCAGAAGUCACACUGACUCCACUCAUCAAUAAAAUUUACUGCAAAUGUUCUGUAUUUCAGUUCAAAUCUGUAUUUUGGAAUAAAAUGUAGCUGCCAUAAUGCCUAUCUGUAUUUCUUCUAUUGACUACUAAAGACAACAAUGACAACAAUGGCCACAUGAGCAGAGGGUGGUCUGCCUGUCGAAAAUUGAAAUUAAUUUCAAGGCCUGAUCUCCAUAAAGUGAGUAUCUGAUACCUUCAUUAGGGACAUUCUUGAAAUUUUCUGAACACCACCACCAUUAUAACACAGGAGUACCCUUGAUGGGGCUCUUCGAAUUCCCUAAAUCCAGCUAAUUAAUGAGGUCAUUGUUGUUUACAGCAAGGACUUGACUUUAGCAGCAUCACAAAUGCAGAUAUCCAGGAGAUGGAACAAGUUAGGGGACACCUUCACAUGAUGCUGCAAAACUGCAAAGGGUUCUCAGAUCAGGGAGAUUAUGAUCACGCACCAAGUACCACAACUGCAGGUGAAUUAUGGAGUGGGUAGCCAUUAUCAUAAAUAAUUUUAUUUUAUUAUUGGGGGUGAAUCCUUGAAAACUGAAAAAAGUUUUAGAAUUUGGAAUGGUGUUAUCAUUAUUUAUUAUAAUAAUUAUUCACUGCUAGAGGUCCACAGUUGUUCAACAUGCGCAUGCCCAGUAGCUCACUGCAUCCUUCACGUGAAUUCAGUGGUGCCAGUGCCAUGAGGUUUCUUUCAGCCAUGUUUUUCCUCACCCUUCCUCCAUACUCAACAAAUAAGGAGAAACACUUAUCUAUGUCUUUCACUUUGGUUUCCUCCUCCUCUUCUUUCGUGCUCUAGCCGCUUCCUGCAUGCUUAACAACAGAACAGAGCACAGUCAAGGUGUCUUUAUUUGUUACAGAUAAUUAUGUGAUGAUUUCAUGAUACUUGCAGACUACCCAGCCCUUGUUGGGCUUGAGAAGUUAGAUUUCAACUUUUUGCUUUAAUGUCAAGUAUUUCCAUUUAACAGAUUAUGAAACCCAAGACAAUGAUGGGGAGAAAGAAUCUGUUGUUAGUGUGGACACCACAGCUUUGUUACACAGACUGCUGCCAAAUUCUUCACCACUUUCAGAGCUACAGGUAUGUUAAUUUUUUUAUUCUAGAGUCCGUCAAAAGUUGGAUAACGCUAUCCACCAGACAAAUCGCUAUCCAGAGGAUAAGUAUUAUGAAAACCAAUUGCACUAUCCGCUGGAUAGUGAUUUAUCCAGUAGAUAACGCUAUCCACCUUUCGAACAACAGGGGCCAGCUGGAUAGUGCUAUCCAAAGUUUGAACAACCAGGCCAGUCCAUUAUCUAGUAAAUCAAUAAAGGAGAAGACUCAUUCUUGGGGGCUGGUUCAAGUAUAAGCUGCCAAAGACAAUAUUAAAUUUAUCAAAUGCCUCCUUACCCCCUCUAGAGCCCAAAUUUUAAUUCACUUCAGUUUUAAUUUGUGUAAAAAUCGCUCGGCUUAUAGUCGAAUAAAUACGGUAAUUUUCCUUUGGCUUAUACAGUUGCCUAGAGUUAUGAAUGAAACCUUUAUUUGUCCACCCAAACUGCGAGGAGUGGUUUCUUCUCUGGAUACAAAACUAUGAUUUUGUGGCAUCUGGUGUAGAAACUUCUGCUUGUAGAGUACUGUUCCUUCAAAGAACAUUGCUCUGACAGAGUCACUUCUUCUUUUCUCAGUUUUUUUUUUCUUUGGAGCAAAUCACUCUCACAAAAUCAAGUCUGAAUAUCAAGGAAACAAAAGCGCUCUUGUUUUAUCUGUAGACAAAAUUCAUAAGGAUUGAAAUGAUGCUACUUUCUUUGCAUUCCAUAUUGUGUUUUUCUUCUUCUUUACCCCCCCCCUCCCCACUAACCCCUUUCUGACUCCAAGAGUUUUCUGACCCAGGGGCCAAUUGAAAAUGCUUUUGUCUGUCAGACCUGACUCAACUGAUUAGGAACAUGCCUGGAUAUAAUAAUUAUAUCCAGGCAUGUUCGUAAUCAGUAAUACACUAUUAAAUGUAUGACCAAACAACACUGUAGUUUCAAGUCAAAGCAACCUUACAAAUGUAUUUUAUAAGCUUUGAUAAUUAUUAUUCCAGCAAUUAACCCUUUUUCUUACAAAUACUUUAUUGGUUUUUUAGGUCCAUUUUCAAAAUGGUCAACAAGUCCUCCCAUCUCAUGACCAAUCAGGAAAACACAUGGUCUCGUUUUCUGGUGAUAAAAGGCUGAAAGGAAUUUCUAGUGGAAAAGUUACAAAUGACAAAACACUUCUGUCUGAAAAUUCACUUUUGAGAGAUCAAGUGGAGAGGGAAAGAUUCAGAAGGAAGGUAGGAACAAUUCAUUGAAAUGUUCUGAGUUCAGAAAAAUGACAGCUAGACUCUUACUGACAGAGUUUUCAUUAAGAAUUCUACUACCAGGAGAAAGGUGCAACGUUACAGGAGAACAUUUUGAAAGAUGCUCCGCAUCUGAGUAAAACUUAGUCAUAGGCUACCGAACAUUAUAUAUUUUUGGAGCAAAAAAGGGGUGAAAAUAUGAACAUUAAGAGUUGUCUUAGCUUGCAGGUUGACCAAGAUAAUUUUCUGCUUUUCUUGUCUUUACAUUAUAAUCAUUAUUUUCCCCAAGGGAAUCAAGAAAGGACUUACAGCGUCAUUUUUCCUUCUCAAUGUCCAUGGGAAGUAAAUCACAUGAAUAUACCCUUGUACCCUUUUGUAUGGCUGGUAAUAAACUAAAUGACAUGUAUUUUGCCUCUCAUUAGCAUUGUGAGCAACAAAUUCAAGAGCUGCAUGGAAAAGUAAGUUAACUGUCUCUAUUUUCUCAAAUUUUUUGUCAUAAACCAUGAUGAGGAGUUAGGACAUAUCUCACUUUUUAGAACAUGUAGCUCAUUGGAUUAUGAUGCUUAGAUAUUUCUCGAAAAAUUAUUCAAUAUAAUUAUAUUAAUAUUUUCAGUUGCUAGAAGUUCAGCAGCAGUUAGCAGUCGCUGUAUCUGCAGAACAAAAAAAGGAUGUCAUGAUUGAACAGCUUGACAAGGUAACUUUCGAACUUUGUGACUUAAAUUAUGCCAAAUCUGGCAUAUUUGUAAAUCCUCGACUUAACUCUAUAUAAUAGUUUAUCUGUUGUCAGUCAUUUGUUGAGUGGGAAGGUUAGGCCUCUUUGGCAGUCACUAGCUAACUGACACCUUUCCCAUAUUAUGAUUUUGGACUGAUUUUUUCCUGCUUUCCACACAGCUUGCUUGUACACGUAAAGUAACAUAUAUAUGAAUUGAUUCUGAAAAUAAAUAAUAUUUUUAACCUUUGCACCAGACAUUAGCCAAAGUUGUUGAAGGAUGGAAGAAACACGAGGGAGAGAAGGUCACCAUUAUAAACCAGCUAAAAGUUGAAAGGGAAAAUGCUGAACAGUCACAGCAGAGGCAACAAGAGGUAAUUAGCAGAGGCAAGGGAAAAUAUGGCUUUACUUUUAACUAUUUUAGCUAUUCUAAUUUGUAUUUUGUCAUAUAAAGUGUGAGGAAAAUCGCCAUUAAUUUUGGCUCACUAAAUAACACUUGAAAAAAUUCUUUUGAAAUAAGCCAACCUAAGAGAGUCUCCAAAGACAUAUUUCAUAAAUUACCAGAGUACAUUAAUGUAUUGCGGCCAUGAAAAGUACAGUUUUCAUUAAAUAAAUCACAUAAAAGUACAAGAUCUCACCCAUGCAUUUCAAAGCUGAGGUUUACCUUCAGUGACUCUGUAUAAUAACUUUCAAAACUUGGGAGGUGUGAUGAAGACCACAGUUUACAUGUCAAGCCUUACAAAUAAACCAUCUUGUUUUGUUCAUUUUGUGUUCACAUGUUUAAAAGUUGAAAGCUUUUAGAGUGUAAGUUAAAUAAUUAGAGAUGAAUAAAGAUGUCACACUCCUUAGGACAUGCUUUCCAUCGUAGUGACCAGAUGCACCCUUAGUACAGGUGAAGAGAGAUUAUCAGGCGAGCACACUCACUUUCAUCCUCGGAGACCCAGGGGCAGAUAGUGGUGGCAAAGGAAAGACUAAAUGGGCGGAAAAAAAUGGCCUUGCCCCCACUAUCUGCCCCUGGGUCUCCGAGGAUGACUCACUUUGGAAACUGUGCAGGCUCGUGAUCCAAAUCAUGUCUUCACUCUUGAAUUAUUUUUCAGAUGUUGUUACAGUUUGAAAAAGAGUUAGCUCAAGCUGUGGAAGCUUUAACAAAAGAACAAGAAAAAGCUGCAAGAGCUGAAAAAGAAAAACAGAUGCAGGUAUAUUCUUGUGACAAUUUUUUCAGAGAGGUCUUGACAAGCUGUGGUAUAAUGGUUGACUUUAAUAGUUGGUUGCAUUGGGUACCAGACUUUGAAGUUUGUAGACCAGGCUAGGAUUUAAUUUUGAGCCAGUCCAAUACUUAUAGUCUUAAAAAAACUAAGAAGAAUGUGCUUUCCCUGGCUCUACCUUCCUGGUCUUCUCAGAUAAUUAAGAACAAAACACUUUAUGGUUUCCAUCACACACUACUUUUACCAACCUUAUUCUUGUUGCACGUACAAGAACCACUUUGAGUAUUGUUGGGAACUGGCUGAGAUUUCAUAUUGAUCAUUGGAAAUAAUUGGAUUGCCCUGCCCAAUCAAUCAUGAUUAUUAUACAAAAAAACUUCAAGCAGCUUAUGGUCAUUGAUUUCAGCUCAAGCAACAAAAAGAGGAAAGAACCAAGUUACUGGAAAGCCUAUCAAAAGAAAAAGAAACAGUUGGACAGAUAGAAAAACAAAGAGAGGAAAUUAUGAAAGAGAAAGAUGAACUGGAAAAGAAGUAUGCAGAGGCUGAGGAAGCCUUGCAAGAGGUACCAUACAUGUUAAGAUUGCAUCGAGGAAUUUCAAGCAAAGAUUUCAGGGUUUUUAUUAGGCAUCAGAGAUCAGAGAAUUCUCUGUUUACUAUGCAGAAUUCUCCGGCUAAUGUUUAGUAGCCUAUGACUUUUUUUUAAAUCAGAUGUGGAGCCUCUUUUAAAAUAUUCUCCUGUAACAUUACACAUUUCUCCUGCCACUAGAAUUCUUAAUGAAAACCCUGGAUUUACUUGAAGAUCACAAUGUGAUAGAGGGAAUAUACAACGUUAGAAGUUUACAUGAAUAAAUAGGUGCCAUAUCAUUUAACAAGUUAAAUGUCAAAUUAAGUAGAAUUUUAAAAUCAAUUUGGGAAUUUUGCUUGGCCUCCAGAAGGCCAUGCAGCUCUCUCUUAAUUUGACUGUAAUGGUGUCAUAUAUUAUUUCCUAGUACCUGUUAGGAAGGCAUGCAGCAAAGUUCUGAACAUCCUGCAAUUUGAACCUGAUUUUGUGAAGGACCAGACAGGAGAGAAUUACAAUUAUCUAGCUUUGACUUUACAAAUGCAGAUUCACAAAGAUGCCAACCUCUUGAGAUCUAAAAUCUGGAGACUUUCUCUCUUGCACUACCCCCACCCCCUAGAAUGUCAAUGGACCCCUCCCCCCUCCCCCACAAAUCAACCCAGCCCCCCUAAUAGGUUAGGACAUUAUAUGAAGUCUUACAUGAAGUGCAUACCAUCAAAUUUCAUUUUCAUCACUGUAAUGAUGAAAUAACAGGGUUUUCACUAAGAAUUCUAGUAGCAGGAGAAAGGUGUAACUUUAUAGGAGAAUAUUGUGAAAGAGGCUCCAUGUCUGAUUUUAAAAAUUGAUAAUCAUAGGCUAUUGCACUUUAGCCGGAGAAUUCUGUGUAGUAAAUGGAGAAUCUCCAAUUAUCUCCGAUGCCUAAUGAACACCCUGAAUAAUCUUUGCCAGCUACUAAAGACGUGCAAAGAUGCCCCAGAAACCGUACUAUUAAGAUAAAAAAUUCUAGUUUUGACAACAAAAAUGUGCUAAAGCACAGAAAAGUUGAAAAAUCUAUUUUAUCUGGCAGAUUUGGUGACCCCUAUGGGAGAGUUACUAGUAUUAAACAAUUAUUGGAUGAGGUUGAGCAUGAUAUCAUGAAUUAUCAAAACCGAGGUCUGUGUUAUCUGCCGAAGCCGAAGGCUGAGGCAGAUAAUACAGACACAAGGUUUUGAUAAUUCAUGAUAUCAUGCGAAAACCGAAUUCAAUAAUGGUUUUAUUGCGCAAUUCCAGAAAAUAUCCAUACCCAACCACGGACGGAUUCCAUGUUUUAACCCCCCCUUGCCUUCGGAAAUUCCAAAAUGCGUUACCCCCCCAUGCCCUCAGAAUUCCAUAGUCGUGAACCCCCCCUCCCCUUCAGAAUUUCCGGUUUUUUUUGGAAGUACAUUUUUGACUUAGCAACGCCUAUAAGAACAACCGAACGUGAAUUUAUGCCUCCUCAACGCUGUGAUCUAGAGGCGCCAGGUGACAAGCUUUACUCUUCAGUGACAAGAAAAACCUACGCUAGUUGCCAGGCCGUGCAAACUCCUUUUUAAGUCCGAAUUUGGCUAUAAAAAUAAACACCACUUAAGGUAAUUUUACUCCUCUUUGUUUUCUUGUGCUGUUUUGACGUUUACAAAGGAAAAUAGCUCAAACAGACUGUUAAAAUCUUUUGGCGGUCAAAUAUACCGUCGAGUGGUGUUGCGUCCUUUUAUACGUCAUGUAGUGCGCACGAAAAGCGUUCUAAUCUGACAGGCGUUCCUUGGAAGUGAGGGACUGGUGCGAGUUUUUUACUGUUUAUCGGACGGUUUCGGACGGGAGUAACAAGAAAUUUGCAAGCGGUAUUAAAAGAUACAUUUUCAGUUUUUAUUCACGUGACAAGAAAUUCAUCAAGGUAACUGUGACCAACGUUUUACUCUUCACUUCUAUAAGUUAUGAGCGUAAACACGUGUCUGAUCUAUCGAUGCUUGUCUUCUGCUUCCGCGGUCAUACGUUCGUGGUUUAUUUACCAACUACAAAAGUCCACAACAAUAGCGUUUUCCAGGAACUUACUCUACACUUUCUACUCCGGAAAUCCCACCUGUGGAAUUCCCCCAUACCUUCGGAUUUCAAAUGGUAAAUACCUCCCCAUGCCUUCAGAAUUCCAUAAUCGUGAAUCCCCCCUCCCCUUCGGAAAUCGUUAAAGCCGUCCGUGGUAUGGUAUGGAUAUUUUCUGGAAUCGCCCAUUGUACAUUUUUUAAACAAUAGGCAAAAGAAGACAUUCAGCCAUUCUGUUUCUGAGGAGAACACUCCAAGGGGCUUGGUAACCAGGCAGACGUUGAACUUGACAUGAUAAAUGCAAUAUCUGCAGCAGAUAUUGCAUUUAUCAUGCCAAGUUCACAAGCUAUUGUGAAUUGAUUGAAUGCUCUCGACCAAUCAGAUUUUUCAUAGUGAGUCUGAUGUAUAAUAAAUGGAUUUACGCGCCAUGGCUUGUAUAUUUAAAAUUCUGUGCCUCCCUGCGAUGAUCAGCUCCCUCACCAACAGAUCCUUGCACUUGUCACAGUGACCAGUCAGUGGAAAACAAAGGGGGCUGGGGUGGGGAAAUGCAAGAUCCAGAUGCUAAAUUAAGCCCAGUGGCUGCCACAAAAUGCUGUACCAAGCAUAUGGCGCACCACUCAACAAGGCACUUCCCGACAACACAAGAUGGUGCCCAUUUUUGGUAACUGUAAAUUUCAGUAAAACAUUUUCUUUUUCAAAACCAAAAAAAAAUGCUUAGAUGAAGGAGAAUAAUACAGAUUAAUUAGUGAGAGUAGGAGUAUUGAAUGUUUUAAUUGUAUUAUUUAGCAAACAAACCUUAUUGAAGAACAAGAGUCAAGAAUAAGAAGCCUUGAAGUUGAACAUGAAGAGUCAUUAGCAAGGGAAGGGGUAAUAAUAUUGAUGGAUACAUUUAAAUAUUAUUAAUUUGUAGAAGACUACCAGACUAGCUAUUCACUACAGAAAGUUCAUGUUAGUAUAAAAAUGAGUGUUAAAUGAUCAUUUGAUAAUAAUAAUUAAUAAUUUUAAUAAUUUUAAUAAUUUUUUUAUUCACUGAUUCACAACUGGUGUAAGAAAUGUGCUCAAGCUUUAACAUUAGUUAUCCUAUUCCCAGAGGGGCACCCCGGAUUUCAAGUGACAGGGAUGAUUGAAGGAUUUUGGGGGGUUUGAAAUUUUUCCAUUUUGGGAUUUUUGGGUAGGAAAAUUUUCAUUUUUGGCAAUCAAGCUUCCCAAAAAAAUUUUUUGGGGGUGGCUUAAUUUAAGUCUAGGGAUUUUAUGGGUUAUUCAAAACAACCUGAAGAUUUGGGCUGCGUAGUUCCUCUGGAAAUGUUUGUGGCUCGGAAAUUGAGUAUGGGAUUGUUUUGAAGUUAAAUUUUGGUCCAGGGAUUUUUUUGGGUUUUGCUUUUUGCCCCCAUUCGAUCAUCCCUGUCACUUGAAAUCUGGAGUACCCCCCCCCCCACCCCCUGGGAUCCUAUUACAAAGCUUUUCUCAAAAUUCCUGACCUGUUCAUGAAUUCAUUGCAUGAUGUCUUCAUCAGAGUAUGCCCAUGAAAGUUGAUAUAUUAAUUUUGUCUUUAAAUUUCUAUUGAAAUCAGGAAAAACUUAAGCAAGAAAUGCAGACAGUGAAGGUAAGUCAAUUAAAAAAUUAAGGAGUUUUGUAGUUGUUUGUUUUUUUGCAGGGGACUGCAGUACCAUCAAUAUAUUGCAUAGUAUUAUUACUUCCAGAGUGCAUUGGAAGACUCAAGGAGUGAAAUUACUUAAUGGAUGUGGUUAUUUUUCAGGACAGCCAAGCUGUUCUUGCAUCAGUCCAGAAAGAAGUUCAACGUCUUGAAAUGGAGUUGGAUUCAAGCAACAGAGAAAAGGUUUGAGUCCUUAGAUUUUUAUGUUUUAAGUGUUCCAGCCAAUUUUGCACAAAUCAUUUUCUCUCUGAGCAGUCAAGAUUUUUCAAAUUGACUGGGACUCUGCCACAUGUAUUACGUAUUCUACAGACUAAUCUAUCAACAACUCACUUUAGAAAGUUGGUUUACUAACUUAGAACAAGUGCCACUGAAUAAUAGUCUGUCAACAGUUACCAGCGCCAUACAAAAGACUUAUUGACGGACUCAAGCAAAACUAACUACAAGACAAUAUCUGGACAACCAACAAUUUGACUAACAACAAACAACUGUUUAACUGUGACAAAAGACGGAUCGACACACACCAAUGACUUUAUAAGUCUUCAUAGGGCUCCAAUUACAUCACAGCUUAACUGCUAGACGGCCAAUGAAUUUGUGACUUAACUGACCAAUCAGAUCAAUAACCAGAGUUUAAUACCAUCAACUGACAUGAUACAACUCACUUUGACUUUGAAGAUGACUACCGCACAGGUUAUUGAAACGUCAGUCACUGUCAACAACAGUCCUUUUCAGGACUACAUUCACCUGGAUGGUCAUACUCAACCUACUUAUGAAAAGGAUGGGAAUUCAAACCACCUCAUGUGAAAGAUACUUUGACUGGUACUGGCAAAGACUGGUUUCCCUUUUUUUCAUUGCAAUGGCUGAAAAAAGUCCAGCAAUCAAAGCAACCUCAACAAUUUAGGGUAUCAUAGCUGCACUAAAACAUGGAAGUCAGCUUUAAGAUAGAACCCAAGUCUACACCAAAAACAAAACAUUGUUGUUGUCGGAAUAGUCACACUGUGACUGCUGCUGCCAUCAAGAGUUGUUUCUAUAUGAUGCCUUUGAUCACUAAUUUUUUUAAAUAUAGUCCUCCUACUGUUCACAGGCAUCGUAACAAGUUCCUGCUGAGUUGGUUAUUUUAGUUUUUCUCAUGCUUAAAUUACUAUUCAAUUCUAAGGAAAGCUUGAAAAUGGAGCUUCGUUUGAUGGAAGCAAAGCAUGAAGCCAAUAGAACAAAGGAGGAAACAGAGAGACAAGCAGAGUUGGAGAGGGAGGUUUGUAAUAACUACAGUUUUAGUCAUAACAUGCAAGUUAAAGAUGUAUUAGCCCUGCAGGAUAGAAAAUAACCAGCAUGCUUGUUUGCAGUUGAGACACUAUUUCUGUUACAAAUCUUGUUGAGGAUAUGACUUGAAGGAGGAUUUGAAAGUUGGCAAUUUUUAUCAUCAUGAUUGAUUUGAAAUUUGGUAUUGUGAAGGAGACAGUGAUCACUUAAUCGACGGCAGCUUAUUUGCAAGGAAAAAUUAACAUUACUUUUAUGGACCUCAGUCUAUAAAUUAAUGAUAAUACCAUUUUAUAAUAAUUAAGUUUUAAAUAAUUAUCUAAUAACAUGUCAUGAUGUAAUUUAUUAAUGUAUACUUUUAUCAUAAUAAUAUUGUUAAUAUUUAAAAUUGUAACAAUUAAGUAGCAUAACCAUAAUUUAACAGAUGACAAAGCGAUUAGAGGAGAUGCAUGAUCAAAUGGCUAAAGAUGAAUCAGCAUUAAGAGAUUCGCAUAGAAAACAGGUAUGUAAAGAAAUCCAGCUGUUGAUUAAAAGGUGUGAAACAAGAGUGGCGAAGGAAAAUGUCCCUUUGCUUCUCUCAUUUUCUUGACCACGUAAGUCUUUGUCUUGAAGUAAAAAGGCAAAUCAGUGGUUACUGUAAGUUGAUAUUUUACUUAAAAGCUGUGGCUCCUAUUAAUUUUUCCACGUUUUUGCUAUGGAUGACAGCUUGAAUUCAAGGCUGUUACUUAAUAUUACAUAAUAGAUGUCAGUAAUAAAACAAUUUAUUAUAAUAUUUUUUUACGGCAACUUGCAGGCUGUUGUUCAUUGAAUGUGUGUAUUUAUUAUACUCUGCAUUUCUCCACUCUGACAAUCAAAGAGUUUUGUUUUUUAUGGUGCCAUUGAAAAUCAUCAUACUGGACAUCACAUGAAAAGACAAUGCACUUUUAAUGAGUCAAAGUUCAUAUUUUUGGGUUUGAUUGGCAGAUUGGGAGUUUUACCUGCUAAGUUCAAGAAUGUUUGGCCUAACUUUAUGAUUCACAGUGGAGGCGUGUGUCGCUGAGCGGUUAACACUUGGAACUCUGGAUCUGGAGGUCCGGGGUUCAAGCCUUGCCCAUGGCAUUAUUGUUUCCUUAGACAAGGAACUUUAACUCCACUUAGUCUCUUUUAACCCUGGUGUAUAAAUGGAUACCGGCAACAUACUGUUGGGGGGUAACCCUGCGAUGGACUAGCAUCCCAUCUAGUGGGCGAGUACCAAUACUCCUAGGCUUGCUUCAUGCUAAGGAAACCAGGAUAAGCUAUGGCUGUUUGGGCCUUUGGAUUGUGUGCACCUUUUAUGAUUUACAGCAGAAGGAACUGUGAAAAAAUGUCGACUUUGCAUUUUGUGCUUUAUUGAAAUGUUAUUAUUAAAAAAAGAGAUGUGCAUGUUAGAGUGUAUUUGACUACUGUCCACCAGCUUUUGUGUUGAUAGUUGUUAUUGAUUGGCUGUCUUUGCAUUCUCAUUUUAAGCUGCAGGAGAUGAACACUAAGCACAAACAUGACCUCCAACAACAACUUGCUAAAUUUCACGAGGUAAGUCUUGGAGCAUAUCAGUGGUUACUGACAGUAAGGCUCACUAAGCAUCAGAUGAAAUGGUAACACACAACAUUAUUAAAGUUGGAUUGAAACUGCAGCAGCAGAUGCAAAUGCAGUAGCGAAAUGCAGAUGCAAAUGCAGUAGCGAAAAACCAACAGGGACUAGUAUAGGCUUCCUCCUCAAUCCAUGACCCAACCUAAGGUUUUGAAAUUUGGACUAUGCAUGCACAUUCCCCCUUUAAGGGCCUUGUGAGUGGCUUUGUAUUAAACAGAGCAUGCUUGUGCAUAGCAAUUAAUACUGCCUUUUAUGAUGAUUGAACCAUUGGUCAUUGACAUGUAAAUUACUCUUCACUUUCCAGGAGUUAAAGAAAAAGAAUGCUAAACUGAAAACUGUGUCUGAUGAAUAUGAAGAGAGGUAUCCACGGACUUCUUGAUUGUUCCUUUUGUACAAACUGAUUGCCGUUUUUCGAUUGUUAGCUAAUCAAUCACAACUUUCCAUGUUCUACACUCCCUAAAAUGUUCACAACUCAGGUGAAACUGGCAGAGCCAUGGUCAAAUGAUUUUAAUCCUGUUAUUUUUAUGAUCAUACUUGCACAUUACAGAGGAUGAAACCAAAUUGCACCAAGGUAAUAUGUCAUUUCCGAACUGUCAUUUUCUCAAGCAAUAAAUAUUAGUGCUACAAAUUGAAAACGUUCUGCACAAAUGAAGCUGCAACCCAUAAACACCUUAAGAUUCUUGACAUGUAAGUAAAAUUCAAUCAUUGAUUGAGAAGAGUCAACCAUAGCUCUGACAGGCCAACUGUGGCUUUGAUGGGACAACCAUUGCACUUACAGGCCAUCCAUAGCACUGACACGCCAACUAUGGUACUGACAGGCCAACCAUAGCUUUGAAACCAUAGCUCUGACAGGCCAACUGGCUUUGAUGUGACAACCAUUGCACUUACAGGCCAUCCAUAACACUGACACGCCAACUAUGAUACUGACAGGCCAACCAUAGCACUGACAGGCCAACUAUGGUACUAUCAGGCCAAACACACCACAUACAGGUCAACCAUGGCACUGACAAGGCAACCAUAGCACUGACUGGCCAGUCAUAGCAUGGUACUGUCAGGCACACCAUAACUUUCACAGGCCAACCAUAGCACUGACUGGCCAAACAUGGUACUGACAGGUCCACCAUAACAUUAACAGGCCAACUAUAGCACUGACUGGCUAGCUGUAGUACUGACUGGCCAACUGUGGUACUGACAGGUCCACCAUGACACUGACAGGCCAACUAUGGCACUGACUGGCCAUCCAUGGCACCGAAAGGUCAACCUUGGUACUUUCAGACCAAUCAUAGCUUUGACAGGCUAACAAUGGCACAUGAAAGCCAGCCAUACCAGUGACAGGUCAACCAUGGCACUGACAGGCCAGCCAUAGCAGUGACAGGUGAACCAUAUCACUGACAGGGCACCCAUGGCACUGACAAGUCAACCAUUACACUGACAGGCUAACCAUGGGACUGACAGGUCAACCAUGGCACUGACAGGCCAACCAUGGUAUUCUCAGGCCAACCAUAGCUUUGACAGGCCAACCAUGGCACUGACAGGUCAACCAUGACACUGACAGGCCAACCAUAGCUCUGACAGGCCAUCCAUGGUACUGUCAGGCCAACCAUGGUACUGACAGGCCAACCAAAGCACUGACUGACCAGUUGUAGUACUUACUGACCAACUGUGGUACUGACAGGUCCACCAUGACACUGACAGGCCAACCAUAACACUGACAGGCCAAUAAUGGCACUGGCAGGCCACCCAUAGCACUGACAGGCCACCCAUGGCACUGACAGGCCAACCAUGGCACUGACAGGCCAACCAUAGCACUGAGGGCUCAACCAUGACACUAACAGGCUAACAAUGGCACUGACUGCUCAACCAUGACACUGACAGGCCAACCAUAGCUUUGACAAGCCAACAAUGGUACUGACAGGCCACCCAUGGCACCGAUAGACCAACCAUGACUCUGGCAGGCCAACCAUAGCAGUGACACGCCAACCACGGGUCUGACAGGCCCACCAUAGCACUGACAUGCCAAUCAUGGCACUGACAAGCCAACCAUGGCACUGACAGGCCCACCUUUGCACUGACAGGCCAAUCAAGGCACUGACAGGUCAACCAUAGCACUGACAGGCCAAUCAAGGCACUGACAGGCCAACCAUGGCUCUGACAGGCCCACCAUAGCACUGACAGGCCAGUCAUGGCACUGACAGGCAACCAUGAUACUGGCAGGCCCACCAUCGCGGUAAUGGAAUGUGCUAUGAGUAAGAAUUAGCCUCACAGAAAUUCUACUUUAAGGGGGUUAAGUGUUUAUGCCUGAUCAGACAGGUAACUGAGAUUUAAUGCAAGCUCAAGAUUGUUAUCUUAAAAUGCAUUUUUUUUUUCAGAAUCAGUAGUUAUCAAGAGAAAAUGGCCUCACUUGCCAACUCACAGCAGUAUUUAGAGAAAGAAAGGUAUGUUUUUUAGCAGGUUCCACACUUAAAAUGGAAUUACUAGAAAACGCUGGAAUAUUCUUCCACGGCCCUGGAAAACUCCUUGAGAAUUUGUGCAAAGGGUAACCUGUGUUGCCCAUGGCCAUUUUAUGUAUCAUUCUUUUAAUAUGAAUACUCUUUCUUUUUAAUGAACACAUCUUCUGUAUAGUACUGACCCUUACUAUGUUGACAAUAUCCUAUGGGCUGACCACUGGUAGUAUACCUCUCUCGCAGUACCUGUGAAUGCAUGUGUUUCUUUAAAUUUCCACCAUUUUACAAAUAAACUUUUAGCACUCCUCAGGAUGAACAGGCAAAACUAACAAUCUUUUUCAUUCACUUUAAAAUCUUUUAUGGUUAUGUUAGUUAAGCUCUAAAGCCUCAUUGGCACCCAUAAAAAAUACUUUAAAAUUUGGCUACAUGGGUAAAGGAAUAUUAUUAUAAGUAAUAAUUGGGCUAAAACUGACAAGGCAAAUUUCUGAGGUUUUUUUUUUUUAUUGCAAGUAAAACACACACAGAAAAGAAAAAAAAAUUACACCAAAUUUUCUGAGUUGGUAUUCCUUAUUUGCAACUUCUUUGUAGAUACUCCUAAGAAAUGUAUGAAAAGGUGGAAAUGAAAAGUUUUUAUUUUGAGAUUGUGGUUUACUUGAACUGUUUAUUAUUUUGUAGACACACACUGACCCAACGUCUCCAGAAAAUGAUGAAAUCUCACUGUGAAGAAGCCUUAAAGUUAUUAAGUUCCAGUUCUACUAAACAUUCCCCUCUACCAGAGAAACACAAGGUAUUUUUUCAAUUAUUUGAUUAGUUAACAAUAUUAUUAAUUAAA